UCAAAGAAGCGGAUCAACACGGACGCACCACCUCGCUCACGAUGAGGGCUUGAGCUCCAAUGCUGUCAUGCCGGGCCGGUCCAUGCGACUGCUUGCCGUGGGCCUGCUGCUGGCUGCGCUUGCCGCAACCGUUACCGUGCUGCAUCAGCGGCAGCUCGGUGGUGACCUCUAUGGCUUGGAUGGUCGCGAUGAUUGCCCGCACAACUGUGAAUGCACCGCUGGCACCUGCACCAGCUGCACCAAUGGAUGGUAUUUGACCCCGUUCCCCAUCUGCGUCGACAACUGCAGCGAGUACAGCAUGACUAUCAGCGCGUCCAACCCCGCUCGCUGUGAAUGCGAGCAGGGCUACGGUGGCCCCAGCUGUCUCACGCCCUGCCCCGCCAACUGCGAUCGUUGCCAUACCAAUGCCGCCGCCACCUGCCUUCAAUGCAGCGAUGGCUUCAUCCCGUACACCUCCAACGGCACUUGCGUGACUGUGGCCGAGUGCGAAAGCUUUGGUGCGGCCACGCGUGUAUCCGCCAACACCUGCGUGGAUGUCAACGAGUGUACGACCAAAGAGGCACCUUGCAACGACCAUGGCACUUGCAUCAACAACGUUCCCAAGGCGCCCGAGGAUUCCCCAUAUUUUUGCAGCCCGUGCGAUAAUGGUUGGGUCGGCCCAUAUUGCAACGUCGAUCUCCACUGCGACGGCAACCCCUGCGGUGUUGGUGGAACCUGCACCAACCUCGGGGAUGGGUACAACUGUACCUGUCAUCCCGCCUACAGCGGCCCUGAUUGUCAGGAUUUCACCGACUUUUGCGAAAAGUAUUACAACGAGACGGGCGAGCCGCGCUGUGCUGGCAACAGCACUUGCGUUCCCGGCAUUAACGGCUACACGUGCAACUGCCCGGACUACUUGGACGGACAGCACUGUACGAUCCAGGUCAACUGCGACGAGGGCGUGUCCUGUCGCAACGGCGGAACCUGUUUCUCCUUGCCCAACGAUAAUUUUGAGUGUGCCUGUCCUUCUGGUUGGGGCGGUCCUAUCUGUGAGACAGAUCUCGAUGAAUGUGACCCUGACCCUUGUACCAAUGGCGGUACCUGCACCACACAGGCGGGCUUUGAUUCGUUCACCUGCUUGUGUCCGCAAGGCCUUGGUGGCACGGUGUGCCAGUUCAUUGAUUCUUGCGCCGACAAUCUGUGUCAGAACGGAGCAACCUGCGUCGUCACUUCCAACACCAGCUACGACUGCGAUUGUACCGAUGGAUGGCGUGGAGACCUGUGUGCAAAUGUUUCCUGCCCAGACGGCUACACUGGGCCCAAUUGCGACAUCAUGGAAGUGUGCAAUCCCUCGCCUUGCCAGCACGGUGGCACCUGCGCGGCAGGCAACGCCGAAGCCAGCAACUACACUUGCUCCUGUACCGAUGAGUACAUUGGUGACAACUGCGAAUGUAUGUUCCGAGGAAUACGUGCGAGGGAGGAGAAGAGGGAGAGGGACAAGGGGGUCGGAGAGGGAGAGGAACGGCGUGCAAUUUGCUCGCCGUGCCCCGAGGGGUACGAGGGGGAGCAGUGCGAGAUUAACUCUGCUGGCACCGAUCAGUCGACAAGCAACGACGACGACGUGUUUCAGGGUCCCGUUCUCUAUGGCGUACUUGCUGCUGCCGUUCUCUUGGCCAUUGCUGCCAUUUGGAUUAUCUGUUGCCGUUGCAAGGGCAAGCCCUCUAGUACCCGUGAGCAUCGCAUGCCAAAGUCCAUCACAAGCUUUUCCAAUCCCGGCUACCGUGGCCCUCGCCCCUCCGAGGGUGCUGGCAUGUACGAAAACAUGUCGGCGCACGCCCCCAUCUUCAAUCCAGGAUACGAAGAGGGCCCAGCACCUGCCGAUGGCGCACCACGCACAGUAACCAGCAAUGGAGCUUACAGAGCCGCUUCUGCCGUCGGCGGUGCGGGCAAGGACCAAUAUUCCCAAGCAGGCAUGCGGCCCCAGCCGGCACCUGGUCACGUCGACGGCUACCUGGACGUGACCACACCUGGUCAAGCUCAGGCGGCAGGCAUGCCGGUCGCGGCCGCUGUCAAUCAUGACGAUGGAUAUCUUGAUGUGCAGGAAUCGGGUGCGGGUGGUGCGGCGGGCGCGGGCGCUGCUGCCAUGGGUCAACCCCAGGCCACCCAGGAUGAUGGCUACCUGGACGUUGAGCAACCCGGUAGUGGCAUGCCUGCGUCCUCCGCGGCGGCGCUCGCGGAUGCCUCCCAAGAUGACGGCUAUCUGGAUGUGGAGCAUCCUGGAAGCGGCCUUCCACCGCCAACUUCUGCACCGCCAGCGCCGGUCACGGCCGCAGAUGAGACAGACGGGUACCUCGAUUUCGAUGAGGGAGCCGCGCCCACCUCGUCAGUGAUACCUCAACCGGGGGCAUCUGCCGAGGAAACGGACGGCUACCUCGAUUUUGACGAAGGGGCCACAGCUGCUGCCCCGGCAGUGCCACAGUUGGGCGGCGCAGCGGAGGAAACGGAUGGUUACCUCGAUUUUGAUGAGAGUGCAGCACCCGCAGCCGCUCCUCCAGCGGCACAGGGCGAGGAAGAGGGUGACGGCUAUCUGGAUGUUGAGCACCCUCAGUGAGCCCAGCCUGUAGCACGGGGUCGCGCUCACGUUCCCAGUGCUGAUGCUGCCUUUUAAAUCUCUUUCCCCCCUUGCGUUGAGUACAGUGUACAUUUAGCGGUUU